GGCAGAAACGCAUAUAUACGGUCUCAUUUUUUACGACGUUCCUUGUGACUGGAAACCUUGGAAGAAGAAGAAAAUAAACAAAAUGGCGCGCAAUGCAGAAAAGGCAAUGACAACUUUGGCACGUUGGCGGGCGGCCAAGGAAGUGGAAUCCGGCGAAAAGGAACGCCGGCCGUAUUUGGCCUCCGAAUGCCACGAUUUGCCAAGAUGCGAAAAGUUUCGCCUGGAGAUUAUCCGUGAGAUAUCCAAAAAGGUGGCCCAGAUACAAAAUGCUGGGUUGGGUGAAUUCCGCAUCCGAGAUCUUAAUGAUGAAAUCAACAAGCUGCUGCGUGAGAAGCGGCAUUGGGAGAACCAGAUCUCAUCCUUGGGCGGUCCCCACUACAGACGCUAUGGCCCCAAAAUGUUCGAUGCCGAAGGCCGCGAAGUUCCCGGCAACAGAGGCUACAAAUACUUUGGCGCCGCCAAGGAUUUGCCCGGCGUCCGUGAGCUCUUCGAACAGGAUCCGCCACCGCCGCCUAGGAAAUCUCGGGCCGAACUAAUGAAGGAUAUAGAUGCCGAGUACUAUGGCUAUCGUGACGACGAGGACGGUGUACUGAUUCCCUUGGAGGAACGCAUCGAACGAGCAGCCAUCCUAAAAGCUGUUCAGGAAUGGCGCGAUAAAAUGGCCAGGGAUGGUCGUAUUAUUGAUGAUGAGGAGGAAGACGAGAUUUACCCGCUGUCGGGACCUGCUCGCGAAGCUGCCGAGGAUGCCAAGGCCCGCGCAGCCGUGGAAGAUCCGCACGGCCUGUUGGCCCCCAAAUUCACCGCCCACGUGCCUGUGCCCACGCAACAGGAUGUACAGGAGGCGCUCCUCCGCAAGCGAAAGCAAGAACUCUUGGAAAAAUAUGGCGGAGGGGCCAACUGAACUUUAAUAAAACAAUCAAAUUUUUGUAGUUUGAUUCUUAUUUUUCAGUUAA